AUGGGAAAUUUCUUUAAUAGAUUGGGCUUCAUAGCUUCGACUAUUGUAGACCCAAUUGGCCGUGUUGGAGGGAUAUGGAUUGUUUGGGACACAAACCAGGUUAACGUGCGAGCUUCUUCAGUCAAUUCCCAGGCUAUUCAUGCCACCAUCCACAAAGAAGAUUAUGAUAAAUGGGUCUUAGCAGCUGUUUCUGCUAGCCCAAAUCCUGUUGUGAGAGAGCAACUAUGGGAUGAUCUAGAGGCAGUGGCUAUCAACAUGUCUAAACCUUGGUUGGUUGCCAACGAUUUCAAUGAUUAUGCUAACCAAGGAGAAAGAAGAAGCUUCAACCCAAGACACAAUGCUGUUAGAAAUCAGAAGUUCUUGGAUAGGGUCAACAAUUGUAUUCUGAUUGAUUUAGGGAGCUUUUGCCCAAAAAUGACAUGGACUAAUAACAGACAGGGUCUUGCCAACACAAUGGAAAGAUUGGAUAGGGCUAUGAGCAACUCAGAAUGGCAAACCAUGUUCCCGGAGGCCACUGUGAGAGUCCUUCCUAGGACUUAUUCAGACCAUUCACCUCUUUUGGUCUACACCCAAGGUAUGCAUACCCUCAAUCCUCUCAUUCGGCCUUUUAGAUUUGAAGCUGCUUGGAUCACAUACCCUGGUCUUCUUGAUGUUAUUAAAUCCUCCUGGUCUGAUAUGAACCAGAAUCUCAUUGAUUCCACUGCUGAAUUCACCUGUCGAGUUAAGGAGUGGAACAAAGAGGUUUUUGGUAAUAUCUUUCAAAGAAAAAGGCACCUCCUUGCUAGGAUAGAAGGCAUACAAAGAUCCUUAGCUAAUUACUUCUCUCAUAACCUUCAGUCUCUUGAAAAGGACCUUAUUUUUCAAUAUAAUGCUUGUUUGUUUCAAGAAGAAGUUUUAUGGUUCCAAAAAUCUAGAUCUAAACAUAUCACUCUAGGUGAUAGAAAUUCUAAAUAUUUCCAUGUUUCCACUAUUACCAAGAGAAGAAAGAAUAAAAUCAAUGCUCUUAAAGAUACUUCUGGUAAUUGGAUCACUGAUUCUGUUAAUAUCAAGGUCAUUAAUGAAACUCUUAUUGUGCUUAUACCUAAGAUUGAUAAUCCUGAAAACAUUAGGCAAUUUAGACCCAUUAGCCUAUGCAAUGUUUCUUAUAAAAUCAUUACUAAGCUUAUAGUUGGUCGUAUUAGACCCCUUCUUGACAAUUUGAUAUGCCCUAAUCAAAGCAGUUUUAUACCUGGAAGGAACACCACUGAUAACAUCAUCAUCACACAAGAAAUUCUGCAUUCUUUAAGAAAUAAGAAAGGAACUCAAGGUGGCAUGAUAUUUAAGAUUGACUUGGAAAAAGCUUAUGAUCGAUUGUCCUGGGAUUUCAUCAAAGCUACUCUUCUUGAACUAAAACUUAAUGAUAAUUGGAUUGAGUUAAUCAUGAGUUGUGUUUCUAACCAACACUCUUCUAUCUUGUGGAAUGGUGAAAUUAUUGAGGGUGUCCAGAAUGGGAGAGGGCUCAGGCAAGGUGAUCCCCUUUCCCCUUACCUAUUUGUGCUUUGUAUGGAAAGGUUAUCCAAUAUGAUCAACUUUAAAGUUCAUCAGGGUUCUUGGAAAGGCAUCAAGGCAUCUCGAAAUAGCCCUUCUGUUUCCCAUUUGUUUUUCGCUGAUGACCUCAUCCUUUUUGCUCAAGCUAACCAAAUGAAUUGUGACACUAUAAUAGAUGUUCUUUGUGAAUUUUGUGAGGUGUCUGGUCAGAAAAUCAACUAUGCUAAGUCUAAACUCUUUAUUUCCCCUAAUAUCCCUAGACUUUUAGCCAAAUCCAUCAGCUCCUCUAGUGGCAUUCCCCUAACUCAGGAUCUUGGUAAAUAUCUAGGCUCACCAUUACUUCAUAAGAGAGUUACUAAGAGCACUUUCAAUGACAUUCUUGAGAAGAUGAAAACUAAACUAUCAGGUUGGAAAGCCAAAAACCUUACCAUGGCCGGGAGAGCAACUCUUAUCCAAUCUGUUACCUCUGCUAUUCCCUCAUAUAACAUGCAAACUAUGGAGCUUCCUAGAAAACUCUGUGAUGAGAUAGAUAAACUCAAUGGAAAUUUCCUUUGGGGUGACUCUGAGAAUCACAAGAAAGUCCACCUCGUAAACUGGGAUAGUGUGUGCAAAAGAAAAGUUGAGGGAGGCCUAGGCAUUCGCAAGGCUAGAGCUCAUAACGCUGCUCUUCUUACCAAACUUGGGUGGAAAAUCCUAUGUGAUAAGAAUAAGCUUUGGUGCAAAAUUCUUCAUUCCAAAUAUUUGAAACAUCAUAGCCUUUUUACUUGGCCUCAGAACAAGCAAGCUUCUCACAUUUGGCGAAGCAUUCGCAAAAAUAGGGAUAUCCUCCGUAAGGGUGUUAAAUGGGUUGUUGGCAAUGGGGAACACAUUUCCCUUUGGAAUGAUUGGUGGUGUGGUACUCAAUCUUUAGCUCAAAUUAAUAACACCUACCAAUCCAAUGAUCUUGAUAAAGUUAGCUCUAUUUUAGACGAUGAGGGAAAUUGGGAUACUGAGAAACUUAAAACCCUUGUCACUAAACAGGACUUGCAUGAAAUUCUCAAAAUAUACAGACCUAGGUUUGUUACCUUUACUGAUGCUCCUGCCUGGAUUGGAUCUACCUGUGGUAAUUUUAAUACUGGCUCUGGUUUUAACAUUAUUACUAAUUCUGUUGUGGAUGGCAGGGAUUGGAAAUGGAUCUGGAAAGACCGUAACAGACUGGUUUUUGAUAACUUCUCAAACUCCACUCAAAACAGUCUUAAGUCCAUUUGGGACUAUGUGCAUGAAAUUGAAGAGGCUUUUCAAUCCCUUCUCCAUCCCCAUUAUUCUGUACCUAGAUUAAUUAAAUGGUGCCUUCCUCCUGCAGGUAAACUUAAGCUCAACACGGAUGGUUGCUCAAAAGGAGACCCAGGCCAGGCGAGGUAUGGGGGACUUUUGCAAGAUGAAACAGGCACUUGGAUAUGGGGCUAUUAUGGAAAACUGGGGCAAUGUACAAGCAUAGAGGCAGAAAUUUGGGCUAUCUAUGGAGGUCUAACAAUUCUGUUCCAGAAAGGAACCACAAAUGUGGUGAUAGAAACGGAUUCAGAACAGGCCAUACAACAAAUCCAGCAUGGUCCAACUCCAAACUCUCCCUUUAAGGCUCUCAUUGAGGAUGCUAAGUUCCUCCUGCAGAGGUGUGACUGCCCCCUUAUCCACACAUUCAGAGAGGGAAACAAAGUAGCUGAUCUGUUAGCUAAUCUGGGUGUUGCCCAAUCUGAACAUGUUCUGAUCCUUGAGGACCCCCCAACUGAAGCUACUGCUUUUCUCAUAGAUGAUAUGCUUGGAGUCCCUGCUAUAAGGGACUAA